CUCAAAGUUCGCUUUUAGUACCUUCACGGGCUCCGGGUCGAAGCCAUGCGGGACAAAGUGAAGAUCGGUGGCUUCAGUGCGAUGUGGGGCGAUGCUGACUGGAUCCCUGGACAGCUCAUCGAAAAAGGAGAUGUACACUACCUCAUGGGUGACUACCUGGCGGAGACAACAAUGGCUAUCAUGGCACGACAGCGGGCCAAGGAUCCAAAGGCGGGAUUCGCCCGCGACUUCCUCUUCGUGAUUGGGAAGCAUGCCCAUGCACUGAAGAAGAAGGGGAUCAAGGUGGUGUGCAAUGCUGGUGGGAUGAACCCCUUGGGCUGCCGAGAUAUGUUGCAGAUGGCCUGCGCCAAGGUGAACCAACCUCUGAAGAUCGGCUGCGUGUUGGGAGAUGAGGUGACCUCUCGGAUUCCUGAGUUCCGAGAGCGUGGCCUUUGUGAGAUGUUCACCGGAGAGAAGAUUCCUGAGAAGGAUUGUCCCAGUGCCAAUGCAUAUUUUGGUGCUCUCCCGAUAGCUGCAGCGUUGGCCGAAGGUUGUGAUGUGGUGGUGACUGGCCGAGUCGUGGACAGUGCUCUUGCGCUGGGCAUCCUCAUGCAUGAGUUCGGCUGGCGUCCUGACGAUUAUGACCGCCUCUGCAUGGGCACUCUUGCAGGGCAUUUGAUUGAAUGCUCGGCACAGUGCACUGGCGGCCUAUUCACCGACUAUCAGGAGGUGAAGUGGGAGAACAUGGGCUACCCAGUGGUGGAAGUCUCACCUGAUGGUACCUUUCUCGUCUCCAAGCCCCCAGGAACAGACGGGAUGGUGAGCUUUGGCAGCGUGGCGGAGCAGCUCUUGUACGAGAUUGGGGAUCCGGGCGCCUACCUGGUGCCGGACGUAGCUUGUGACUUCACGCAGGUCAAGAUCGAAGAGGUUGGAAAAGACCUGGUCAAGGUCUCUGGAGGUCGCGGGCUACCGCCCACCAACAGCUACAAAGUGUGCUGCACCAUACCUGAUGGCUUUGCCAGCGUUAUUCCGUUGCUGAUCGCAGGGCAUGAUGCGGCUGCGAAAGCCCGGCGGACCUUCGAGACAGUCUUGGCCAGAACGAGAAGAAAGUUGAAAGGUUUGAAGUUGGAAGACUUCCUUGAGACCCGCUUUGAGGCGCUGGGUGCUGGCCACUUUGACCCCAACGCUCGCGAGGAGGACGCGACCGAGGUGGUGGGGAAGAUUGGCUUGAAACACAACGACAAGAAAGCCAUUGCGCUUUUCCUCCGGGAGCUGCCAAGCAGCGGGGUCUCCAUGGCGCAGGGCACCACCGGCUUCGGGGCCACGGGCUUUGGUGGCAAGAUCUCUGAUGUGCUCCGGGUCUUCUCCUUGACAGUCCCCAAGACAGAGGUUGACUGUGAGGUCUGUGUAGACGAGAAGCGCUUUAUGGUGCCCGUGCCGACAGAGGGCGGUUUCCCAGGCAGUGCCAGCCGAUCUGUGGAAGCUGUUCCAGCCCAAAUGCCUGCCGGUCCCAUGGUAGCGGUUCCCCUCCGCUUCUUAGCCUGGGCUCGCAGCGGCGACAAGGGGAACAUGGCCAAUGUGGGGCUUAUUGCAAGGAAGCCAGAGUACUUGCCCAUAUUGAGACACCAGGUCACUACAGAGCGGGUGAAGGCUUACUUCUCCAGACGAGUGGAAGGAGACUGCCAACGGUUUGACCUUCCAGGGAUCGGUGCAAUGAAUUUCGUCAUGGAGGCUGCGCUGGGGGGCGGUGGUAUGUGCUCACUACACAGCGAUCCCCUCGCAAAGACCUUUGGUCAAAUCUUGCUCCUCAUGAAGGUGGAUGUACCAGCAGCUUGGAAGCUACACGAGCAGGGGCCAGUUGGGCCUCUGGCACGACUUUAAAAUACUGUAGCUCAGCUCCAUUUGGGUGUGUGCGUUUGGCACCCCUGACAGAUGCCGCUGAUCCAGCCAAAGAGCUUGGCUUGCUCCAAGACACAGUGGAGCGUUGGCGCGUUUGAAUCGUUGGAGCUUCAAGGAGGUUCCGCUUUGGCGCAGGUGGAGGUGUUCAAGGUGUUUAACUGGUACUCGACCAGCUUGAGCAAA